AUGAACUUGCUUCGAAACCGUCUGCCAGCGCCCAGGCAAGAUUUGCUUUCAAAGCAAGCUCGCCAGCAGGGAACCACAGACUCAGCCUUCCAACCUUCGCGAAUCUCCCAGCUCUCCAAGGAGUCUCCGAGCUGGUACAAGUCGGCUGCUCGACGACAGCUCUACUUUCUGCUCUUCCCAGCUUGUGUUGUAUCCUAUGCGACAUCUGGCUACGAUGGAAGUAUGAUGAACUCCCUGCAAACUGUCUCGUACUGGGACGAUUUCUUCGACAACCCGCGAGGCUCACAGCUCGGACUCAUGAGCGCCAUCAUGGCUCUUGGAAGUAUUUGCUCCACUCCUAUUGCUCCUUGGGUCGCCGAUAAAUUCGGUAGACGAUGGGGAAUUACUGUUGGCAGCAUCAUUAUGAUUGUUGGUGCUAUCAUCCAGUGUGAGAGUGUCAACUUUGCUAUGUUCGUCAUUAGUCGAUUCAUCUUGGGAUUCGGGCUCUCGUUCGCUACGACUGCGUCUCCUAGUAUGGUCAGUGAGCUCUCUCACCCAAGGGAUAGAGUUACAAUCACUGCCAUCUGCAACACCUGUUGGUUUCUCGGUGCGAUUGCCGCCGCUUGGAUCACCUAUGGAACUCGAGUUAUCCCCAGCACUUGGUCAUGGAGAAUACCUUCUCUUCUACAAAUGGCUCCCAGUAUCAUCCAACUGUCGACUAUCUGGUUCCUUCCCGAGUCACCACGAUGGCUCAUCUCGAACGACCGUGGCGACGAAGCCCUUGAGGCCCUUACACAAUACCAUGGAGAGGGUGUGAGAACUGAACUGGUGGAGUUGGAGUAUGAUGAGAUCCGGGCGGCUAUCGAACAAGAGAAGUUAUCCGGCAACACGACUUGGAAAUCCAUGGUCAGUACCAAGGGUAACCGCUAUCGAAUGUUCCUUGUCGUUUGUAUGGGUUUGAUGUCGCAAUGGUCUGGCAACGGACUCAUCUCUUACUACCUGUCCCGAGUCAUGGAUACGGUCGGGAUUACGGAUAAGAAAACCCAGGCUCUGGUCAACGGCCUCAUCAACAUCUGGAACUGGGGUCUCGCCCUGACCAGCGCCAUGUUCGUCGAUCGUGUGGGCCGCCGCCCUCUCUUCCGAAUUUCCACAAUUGGUAUGCUUUUGGUCUUUACCGGAUGGACCAUUGCUUCAGCACGUUUUGCGGAAACAGAAGCCAAGUCUGCGGGUGUCGCUGUAAUGGCACUCAUUUUUGUUUAUGAGAUCUUCUACUGCAUGGCCUUUUCUCCUCUUCCCGUUGCAUACUCUGUCGAGAUCCUUCCAUACUCGAUCCGUGCCAAAGGGAUGGGUGUUUAUGUACUGGCAACAAAAUGUGCUGUCUUUGUCAACCAAUACGUCAACCCCGUGGGGCUGGAAAACAUUGGAUGGAGAUACUACAUUGUCUACGUUGCGGUUUUGGUUGUGGAAAGCUUCAUCGCAUAUGGCUGGUUCCUUGAGACCAAAGGGAAAGCGUUGGAAGAAAUUGCUGUUAUCUUUGACGGAGAUGUAGCGGAUGUUACUAGGGAUGGUACUAUCAAGUCGCAGGGAUUUGUUAGUGAGAUGCCUGCUACCUCUGAGCACGAGGACAUUGACAGAAAGGUCUAA